AUCUUCUUCAAUCGGCAUCUGAGUGAGAAGAAGAAGAAGAAGAAAGGAGCCAUGACAAUGCUUAGAUCUAUCUCGAUGGUAAUGUUGCUCGUCACAUUCAUUUCUAUGGUUUCUUCUUCUGCUUCUUCCCCAGAAGCCGACUUUGUUAAGAAGACCAUCUCUUCCCACAAGAUCGUCAUCUUCUCCAAAUCCUACUGCCCCUAUUGCAGGAAAGCUAAAUCCGUGUUCAGAGAGCUGGAUCAAGUUCCUUAUGUUGUCGAGCUUGAUGAAAGAGAAGAUGGGUGGAGCAUCCAGACUGCACUUGGAGAGAUUGUUGGAAGGCGAACAGUACCGCAGGUCUUCAUUGACGGAAAACACAUUGGAGGAUCAGACGAUACCGUAGAUGCCUAUGAGAGCGGUGAACUGGCCAAGCUUCUUGGUGUUUCCGGAAACAAAAAUGCUGAACUCUAGGUUGAAUAUAGUUGGAAGAAUUGA